AUGGAUUCGACUACCCGAGAAAAUAUUCUAGAGCGCCAGCUGGUAAACCUGAAAGCUAUACGUGGGCUUUUGACGGUUGAGCAGGAACUGGAGAUUCUUCGGAAUUUCUUCCACAGAUGCACUCAGAACCGCCAGGUCUUGUGGAGCGGUGUUCCGUAUCAUUGCGUUCAGCUAUGGGCCAAGAAUCAUGGGAUGCAGACGCUGAGCAUGGCCAUGGGCCCAUUGAUGGAUAAGAAAGACCCAUCGUGUCCCAAAUCGAGUAUGGGGCCGAAUACAUGGAGCAAAUAUAUAAAGGGAGCCUCAGCCAUUUUUGCCUUUUAUAUAUCUCGGGGCGGAUCAGUCAUAGUUUUAACGCCGCCUCCUCCAUUCAAGUUUAACCCUUCGGGGGCGACGAACUACCAGGCCAUUGAGGAGCCGAUUGUGAAAGGGGUAUAUGGGGGCCGCGCCGUAUCGCGGAUCGAGUUUGUGCAUCCGACUGUCCGUGGCGCGGAGGACUUUUUGUACCAAGCGUGGCCCAACGAUCAAACCUCCAUCUGGGUUGCGAACUUCGGAUCUUUGCCCGUCGAACAACCACUAUGGCGAACGGCGCGAAUGGUUAUAUCGUUACGAAUAAUUACCAAGGAAAAUGAAAUAACUGCGGGUCAGCCUAUCAUACAGGAUACAGGCGCAGCAAAUCCAGGGAUCAGGGAAAAAAAGGUACCAAAGGAGAUCACAUCUACGGCGAAUUCUAACUCACAAAGGGGGAAACAAACCAAAGCUAAGAAAAACGCCAAUGUCAACGCUGUGCCUAAGGACCGGAAGAAAGAGAAGGCAAACCCGGAGAAAGGAAAGGAGAUGAAGGAGGAAAAAGAGAAGAUGAAACAGAAGGCAAAACCAGAGACAGGAGAGAAGACGGAGGAGGGAAAAGAGAAGAAAAGGAAAAAGAAGAGGAAAAAGGGGGGGAAAGAAAAGGAAUGCUAUAUUUGA